AUUUCGACAAUCUCGCCCAAUUCCCGUCGCAUCCUCUCGUCAACAUUUCCAUACCUAGCGACUCACCCAUCUUGUCGAAAUGGGCACCGAAAUGGAGGCAGCGCCCGUCCUGUCGACUCCGGACGAUCGCAUCCUAGAGUCCACCGACCCCGUCACUUCGCACGAUACGACUCGGUCUUUGUCGGAUGAUGAGCUGUCGAUUACCUAUGAUAUCGAUCGCACGCUGAAGGAAAUUCGUCAGGCACGGUACAAACGCAUCGCUCUUCAGUUCCCCGAUGACAUGCUUCCGGAUGCUCCGCGAGUCUUCCAGCUGCUCAGUCGGGGAUUGGACACGCGCGACGUCGAUACAAACGAGGGUAAUGGCUCGCAGGCGCAGGGCAAUGGGACGGACACCAGCGCCGAUGUGAACGGACUGUCCCAAGGAGUGUCUCAGCUCAACGUGGAGGCGAAGGAGCCGUCGCCCAAACUGUACAUUUUGGCGGACACUUCCUACGGGACCUGCUGUGUCGACGAGGUGGCUGCCGAGCAUGUCGAUGCCGACGUGGUUGUGCAUUACGGACGGUCUUGCUUGUCUCCCACCGCGAGACUGCCGGUGAUUUAUGUGUUUACGCACAAGCCUCUGCCGAUGGAGCCGGUGGUGCGGGCGUUCAAGGAGACCUACCCCGAUACAACCACGAAGGUCAUCCUCGCAGCCGAUGUCACCUAUACGGACCAUGUUCCCUCGCUGUAUUCUCGUCUGGUAGAGGAGGGCUACACCAACUUGUUCGCCACGGAGCUGCUCCACAAUCCGUCGUCCGCCAUCCCCAACCGAACUGUACCUGAUUCGGUGCGCGACUCGUCGGAGACCUUGUCGGACUGGCAGCUUUUCCACAUCUCCGAUCCUCCUACCGCACUCCUCUUGACCCUUGCAUCCCGUGUCGCUUCCAUCUAUAUCUAUCCCACGAAUGAUCUGGCCAACGAACAUGUCAAGCCUGUUCCCGCGUCGACUGCCGCGACGCUGCGGCGACGAUAUGCCAUUCUCACCUCGCUCAGCACGGUGCCGAUCUUCGGCAUCUUGGUCAACACGCUUAGCGUGAAGAACUACCUGCACAUCGUAGAUCACGUGCGGGAGCGCAUCGCGGCCGCCGGCAAGAAGAGCUACCUGUUCGUGGUGGGCAAGCUCAAUGCCGCCAAGGUCGCUAAUUUCAGCGAGAUCGGUGGCUGGGUGGUGAUCGGCUGCUGGGAGAGCUCUCUGGUCGACAGCAAAGAUUUCUGGAAACCGGUGAUCACUCCGUUUGAGUUGGAACUUACGCUCAAGGGGGAUGCCGAGCGGGUCUGGACUGGAGCCUGGCAGAGCGACUUCCAAAGUGUGCUGGACCAACCGGACCACGCUGAGGAUGCCAACGCCUCGACCGGCGACGCGAACGCGGACGACGAGGAGGAUGAAAUGUCGGAAGAGGAGUCCGCGCCGCCCGAGUUCGACCUACGCACUGGACGGUACGUCUCGCACUCGCGUCCCAUGCGGAAUCCUGCACCCCGCGUUACUGCCGACGACGCUGCCUCUGCGGCCGGCGGACCGUCUGCAGCGCGAGCACUGGCCCGGCGCGCAAAGGGGGAUGUGGCCAUGAUCGGCGGCACCCUGUCGCCAGGGGCGGAAUUCUUACGGUCGCAGCGGACGUGGAAGGGGCUGGGAAGCGAUUUCGAUAUUCAGUACGAAGACGACGAGCCACGGGACAGUACGCUGGUGGUGGAAGGGCGCAAGGGCAUCGCAAGGGGAUACACGGAGGGCGGAUCAAUAGAGAAGCACUAGACUCGGGCCUAAGCGUGAUUAGCAGGAUUUAGCAGCGAGGAACACCCGCAGCAAAACGGGUCGACCGAUGGGACCCGGACUAUCUGGGCGUUAUUGCGAGGACUAGGGACUCAAGGAGACUAGAUCGAGAGAUAUCAUACCCCGUUUGGAUUGGCAAAGCAUCGAGGCGAGGAGGACAGCGGAGCGCAGCGAAUGGAAGCCCCGGUCGCAGGCGCCACCGCAGAGGCCAUCACGAAGCAAUAGAUUAAAG